CGAGUUGUAUCAGAUGAUAAGUGCAAUUGUUAAUGUUCUUAUAUAUUUGAUGGUGCUCGUCCUCGUUUUUGCCUAAAAUUGAAAUGUGUGACUUGGAGUUGACAAUUAUAUAUGGAUUUCUUUGAACAAUAUAUAUGGUUCUGGCUUUACUACGGUUUUAUUACGUUCUCGUAUUUUUAUCUUCUGCCGGACGGUUUGAUUAUACAUCUCUGGAAUUUUAGUUGGUGUAGAGCCUGAACCUACUUGUUGUUUCGUUGUUUCGUCGAGGUUAUACUUCCUACCUUCUGACUUCAUUGCAUAUCGAUAUUGUAAAUGUGGUGUAAGAAGAUUUACCGGUAUGCUAACUCAUUGUAAUCUGUUUGGAACUCUUGAGUCUUUGUGUCUUUCUAGAUUGUGCAGAUCCUCUAUGGCUUGUGUCUGCCUUUUUGUUGGCUGCUUUUUUGUUGUCUCUUUACAAGCAUGUUGAGAGGUAAAUCAUAGGCUUAGAACUGCUGCUUGUUUUGGAGGUCCCUUUUGUAGUUUUCAGGUGAGAUGGAAAUGUAGAAGAUAAGCAGCAACCAUUAUGAAGACCAAUAAGAUGCAUGCAGCAUCUAAUGAAUUCCGAGAUAAUAUCAUCAAAAAUAAAAAUAAAAAGUCUCUUUGCUGAAGCAAAUCUGUUAUUAAUGACAGAAGGAGGGAUCCGAUCCAUUGGCCAUCGAAGUAAGUCUUCUUUUUAUUCUGAAUUAUUUAUGAUUAUUGUAACGAUUAUAUUAGUUAAAAAUCUUCCACGACUUAACAUGUAUUAUUUAUUAUACUUAAAUUGUUUAUGUGGCCUGCAAAAUGACACAAAAAGUUAAUGUCAAACAGGUUUUCCUAUAAAUCCUUCAAGCGAUAUAAUAUUUUCUGUUUGUGCACUCACUGUUUAGGGCAGUCGUCUCGAUUCAGACUCCACCCGGCCAGCCUGAAUUGAAUCGGGCGGCCGCCUCGUCCGCUCACCCACCACUCGCGCUCAGGCGAAUACUUAGAUCGUGCCCCGGUUGAACUCGACCCACGCUCUUGCCUGAGUCGUGCCGAUCGCCGCCCGCGUGCCCUAAACGCUGUGUGAUAAUUUAAUCGAAUGGCAAAUAGCAAGUAUGAGUACGUCAAGAAAUUUGAAACUGAUGACAGACUGCCUCCCUCCAGUUGGAUUGUUGUCAGAAUUGACGGAUGCCAUUUUCACCAAUUUUCUGCAGAACAUGCAUUUGAAAAGCCCAAUGACGAGAAUGCUUUGAAUUUGAUGAACUCAUGUGCAGUCUCUAUGCUAGAACAAUUUCCUGACAUAGUAUUUGCAUAUGGUGUCAGUGAUGAAUAUAGUUUUAUAUGGAAGGAAACUACUCAGUUUUACCAAAGACGGUCAAGCAAAUUACUUUCACUUAGUGUAUCCUAUUUCACAUCUGUCUACGUGAUGAAGUGGAAAGAAUUUUUUCCUCACAAGGAACUGAAAGGACCCCCUUAUUUUGAUGGACGAGUUGUAUGUUACCCAAGAGCAAAAAUUGUCCAGGAUUAUCUGGCAUGGAGGCAGGUAGACUGUCACAUAAACAAUCAGUAUAAUACAUGUUUUUGGAUGUUGGUUAAGUCGGGAAAGACACAGAGGGAAGCCCAGGAACUUCUAAAGGGCACACAAGCAAAAGAUAAGAAUGAGCUGCUUUUUCAACAGUUCAAUGUUAAUUAUGAUAAGCUACCUCAAAUGUUCCGAAAAGGAUCUUGCGUUUAUAGAAAAAAGGUGGAAGAAGUGGUUAAGUUGGAUGAUACUGGAAAUCCCGUCACAAGAACUCGAAGCAAGGUGGUUGUGGAACACAUGGAUAUAAUAGGCCCCAAGUUUUGGAGUGAGCUCCCUUACAUCCUCAAAGAAGAGUGUGACUGAAAUGACCACAUAUUUGAACUAUUUAUCGGCAAUUUGCAAGCAGGAUAUGCAGUCAAGUCAGUCUGAUGUUUUGACAUCUUACAUCUGCAGCUACAAUCAAUAUAUGGUAGGUAGUUCAAGUAGAGACCGGCUGUGCAGUCUCUGAAUCGGGAGGAUCUCUGUAGCUUAAAUAUGAAAGUGUUAGAUGAAUGAAUCUUUUUGAAUCAUUCUCGUUUUUAUGAAA